UGCUGCUGCUGCCGCUGUUCUCACUGCUAGUCUGUCAUGCGGUGGAGCUACUCAGCCUCUGUGACAACCCAUGGAUUCAACUAGGGCUGCGCACAUGGAUAUCAUACUCGGUGAGAUCCAGAAAUGUGGUUGGACAAUCGGCUCCUUUCUGUUUGACCUCUUCACUCUGCCCCCGCACUCUCGAGAGGACAGAAAUAUUGCGCCAGUAUCCCAGCUCCGUAUCCAGAUGGUUUCAAAAAUUUUCCAUAGAGAAACGAGCAUGAAGGCCCAUCAUCAUGCAUACUUUCGCCACUUCGCACGUCCACUGCCAUCCAGAUCAGGGCAGAAUCAUCGCAAUCCCUUUGUGAUACGCACGCUGUCGGUAUCUACCAGGAUAGUGUGCUAAGUUUUCGUCUUCAAAUUGUCAUGGUUGCGAGCCUUUUCUCGAUGAGUGCUCGCAAUCUUCAUUUAUUAAUGUUCUACAGGAUUAUUGGUAGCUGACUGUUUGCUCACACUGCACACAUGGAAUCUAUGUGCUCAGAGGAUACUUUUCAACUUUUGUGAACUUUCUUCGGAAACACAAUCAUAUUGUAGACUAUCAGAGUCUAUUGGAGAUUUGCUAGAUGAC